UGCAGCAUAAAUAGUUAGCAUAUCUGUUGUACGCCACUGGGACGCGCGUUAUUGUUCGUCUUAAUAGCGAGCUAGCUAGUUAGCGAACGUUAGCAUAACUAGCAGGCAAUUACACUGUGGCCUAUAGGACAGAGAGGCUGAGGAAGCUGGAGGCGCUAGCGCUGUAGCUGCCUAGUCCUAAUGAUAAGUUUGGUGAAAUGCGCAAACCAAAGUUGUGUUUUGUGCCACGAAUGUCGUUUAAGGCGAGCUAGAAUUUACUGCUGAAUGCUGCGUGUGAGAGGACGCGUCUGUUGCUGUGAAGAUGCGGUGUCAACUGAAUAUGACGGCAACAGAGUCUGAUCAAUGUUUGCAGGGACCUGCUAGCAGCUGCUAGAACUACUCUAUGUAAGAUGAACGCUGAGGACAAGUUGGAGGGUAUGCUGCUGAAGUGCAGCAGUGGAGGAGUAGAUGGAGGAGGCAGAGUCGGGCUGGCCGGCAGAGGAGCACUAGUGGUGAUGACCCUGGGGGACCGAUCAUUGGCGAACCACCCUCUCCUAGCCGAGGAUGAUGACGACGAAGACGAUGAUGAGGACUUGACUGGGAGCUCGCUGGUUACUCAUGACCUGGUCCCUCCGGAGCAGCUGAUGAUGCAGGAGGAGAUGACAAAGAAUGGUCGAGGAGGAGAAGAGGAGGGAGGAGGAGGAGAGGUGGGAGUGCAUUUCCCCCUAAAACUCACCAAUAAGUUGCCCUGCUUGCUUCAUAUGCCAUUGAGCAUCAAGCAGGAACUGAAGCUGUCUGAGCCAGCAGUCCAGAUAAAGAAGGACAAAAAAGCAGUUAAGGACCUGAUGGUGUGUCCCAAGAAGAAGAAAAGGAAGCAGCGCUCACCAGCAAAGAUUCUCAGCAUCAAUGAUGACGGAUCAUUGGGCAUUCAGAAUCCAAAGUGUCACAUCUGUGUUCACUGUAAUGCUGCAUUCAGAACCAACUAUCAUCUGCAGAGGCAUGUCUUCAUUCACACCGGUGAGAAACCAUUUCAGUGCAGCCAGUGUGACAUGCGCUUCAUUCAGAAAUAUCUUCUCCAGAGACAUGAGAAGAUCCAUACUGGUGAAAAGCCUUUUCGCUGUGAUGAGUGCGGGAUGAGGUUCAUCCAGAAGUAUCACAUGGAGAGACACAAGAGAACUCACAGUGGAGAGAAGCCCUACCAAUGUGACCACUGUCACCAGUACUUCUCCAGAACAGACCGGGUUUUAAAGCACAGACGAAUGUGUCACGAGAACAGAGAGAGAAAGACCAACAAGGCUGCUGGUAAAGUUGGACCUUUGCGUGAAGCAGAUUCUUUAGGUCUCCCCUUUCUUGCCAAAGAGUGCUCACUGCCCAAGAAAAAGCGGCAAAAGUGUGCAGACAAGAGUUCAGGCGCUUCCACCGCUGCCCAGACAGAAGGGCACAGUGUCCCUGUUGUAGAAACAGAGGAGAAAGACGAGCAGAGACAGAAUAAAAUUGAAGGUUUACCUCUCUAUGCUGUGCCCUCCAAAGUCAAACAUGAGUAUGUGCUAGCAGACUACUCUGUGGAACUUCCUGAAGAAACGGCUAGCCAGCACCAAGAAGAAGUGCCAUCAGAGGAGACGACUCCUCCUAAGCUAGUCCUGAAGAAGGUCCCCAAGAGGAGUCUUAAACAGUCCAGUGAACAAACGCCUCCCUGCCUGUCCACUUUGUCUUCCUUUGAGGAAAAUACUAAGGUCACACAAUACACCUUUGAAAUCGUGGACAAGCAAGGCCUGUUAGAAGUAGAAAGCAACACUGAACUUGAGUCAGUUGAAACUCUUCAGGGAGGACCAACAAAGCCAGCAACCAGCAGCACAAACUACGACGACGCCAUGCAGUUUCUCAAGAAGAAACGUUACCUUCAGGCUGCAAUGGCCACCAACAGUCGGGAUUAUGGCCUGAACACGAGCAGCAUCUCUUCUCAGCCGCCUGUCACACCAACUGUUGUGUCAGCCGUCAUUGACGAAACUGUCCCUGCCACCAUUCUGGAGCCCCAGCCAAUCAGCACAGAGAUUAAGGCAACUCAUGACAAGAAUGUGCUGCCAGAUGAGGUUCUUCAGACACUGUUGGAUCACUACUCCAACAAAGCUAAUGGGCAAUCAGACAUUUCUUUUAGCGUGGCUGACACAGAGGUGACGUCAAGCAUAUCCAUUAAUUCCUCUGAUGUUUCAGACAGCAGCCCCGUGGAGAGUCUCGGAGCCUCUAGCGCCCAGGCUCAACCAGCUACUGAGAAGGUCAGCCUCUUGCAAGAAUACUCCAAGUUUCUCCAGCAAGCACUGGAGAGGACCAGCCAGAACGACAGCUACCUGACCAGCCAGAGCCUCAGCUUGGUCUCCGAAAACCCCACAUUAGCCGGACAGCCUCUGUUCUCCACAGAGAAACAGUUUCCUUCCCCCAGCAGGUUCAAAUCAGGGAUGAGCUCUCCGCUAAGGUCCACUUUAGAGAAACCUCACUUUGGAUUACUGGUCGGGGACUCCCAGCACUCGUUUUCAUUUUCAGGUGAUGACACCACCCCUCCCUCCGCAGUGUCCCCAGCUGAGGAGGACUUUCUGGAGCAGGUCUCACCCUCCAAAAAGACAGACUCUUCACAGGGAAUACUGCAGACUUUUCAAAUAAGCUCCUUUGAUCAAAACUUCAAAUCUCAUUUCCAGACAUCGAGAUCUGGAUCCUCCUCACAGUUUACUGUUGCCAACGGACAAGUAAAUCUUCGAGGACACAGCACAGACUUCUCAGAGUUCCCCUUAGUCAGAGUCACUGAGACCAGGUCUCAACUGAACUCCUCCCCUGACGUUUCAUCCAGUGAAACCUUUGGCUGAGGGGAAGGGGGUCAGAAUUCAAUUCUGUUAAUAAUUUCAGCUGCACUUUAUCUCAUGUCUCCUGUUUUGCCAAAACAAGUCUCAUUGCAAGUAUGUGCUCUUUUUCAAAGCAUUUUGUUAGAAAACAUAUUCAUGUUCUGUUUUUUGUUAAGUUCAAACUCUUAGAAUGGAAAAACUGAAAAUUGUUAAUCAUAAUUAGCAAUUCCCCUUUAAAAAACAAAUGGGUAUAUAUCUUGCUCCAGAAUGUACAUUACGAUUAAGGUGACCAAAGUCUAAAGCAAGAGAUAGAGUGAUAUAUUCUCUCAUAUCAUUGCCAUAGUUUAUUUUGAAUGUUUUUGUCAAUCAGUUUGCCUUUCUCAAAAGAUGAUUAAAUCACUCUUGCUGCUUCAUGCAAUAUUUCCACUUAUUAAAAUGUAGGCCCUAUUUAUGUAUGCCUUUCUGCUCUUUCUGUAGCUAUCUCCCCUUGCUGUUUAUCUGGUUAAAUUUAAAUUCCCUCUAAGAACCUUGUUAUCCCAGCUGGGUAACUCUCGUUAAAUUUCUCACUGAAAUGAAAUGGUUAGAUCAGAACUGAUUCUUCACUGUAUGUUGAAGUCACUUAAAUCUCAUCUGAAAGGGGUGUUUCUACAAGAUAUGGUUAAUGAAUGCUACAGAAAAGACUUAACGGAUGGUGUUUGUGUGAUCUGGAAUCUAGUUUAUUUCCCAUUUAGAAAUGGGCCUAAUGUGCUUGCUGUGUGGCCAAAAAAAGAAAUUACAGUUCUCCUUCAUAAAUAGUUUAAAAUUGUGUGGGUUAAUGUAUUCCCUUCGUGACUGGAUUUCUUGGCACUGAUUUUACAAAUGUGACUCUAGUGCAGUAUAGGCUGUGCAAUAAAAAGGCUGGGCUGUAUUAGAUUUAAAAGAUUUAAAAGUUUUUCUCCCCCACAAAAGAUUUGGGUCUCGAAUAGCUGCACACAUGUAAUGAUUGCAGGAUAAUUCUUAUUUUCUCUUAGUAGUAUAAGUGAGUUGUAACGAAAUUAUUUAACAGGAUUGUGCUUAAUGUUUGCACAACUUGCACAUUCUUCACUACAAGCAAUGUAGGACUUGUUUCCACAGUGGAUGAGUUGUGUGUUUCCUUUACUUAAAAGGCAACUUUUUGUUAAAUAAGAUUUCUGACACUGACCACUUAGUGAAAACCCUUGUGUCAGAUCUGGGUUAAAUGAAAUUACAGAUGAUCCUCUUUGCUUUAGUCACUUGUAAUGAUGUAGCUCUUGUAGCUGCAGUUUGAUUGUUCUUCUUGGAGCAUGCACAGGUUUUUGGGGAACAAACAACCAUGUGAUGAGAACCCUUUGUUUUCACUGAAGGUCAAAGUUUUAAUGACAAUAUAUGUAUAGAAAUCUACAAUACACAUCGAUAUAGGGUGCUUGGUUUUCCAAUUUCAUUAAUUUUUCAUCUGUGCCUUUCUUUCUUUAUAAUUCCAGCCUUUCCUAUACUCAUUCCUUUAUAUGUGUUUCUUUUUACUCAGCCAAUGCUCUAAGGCUAGUAAUUCAACUUGCACAAUAACAACAAACACAUAAGCUAUCAACCUGUUCAGUCUGUAAUAUGUUGAGAUCUGGGAACUUUCAUCUGACUUUGCCCAUCAUAUUUGAUCAUUUUAGAAUUUAAGCAAGAUAUUGCACCAAUUUUAAUUCUCACACCAUUAUCUGUUACUGUGCAUUUUCAUGUGCUGUGCUGCAGUAUGUCUAUAUAAGUACAGAAUCAUGUUUUAGAUAUUUGUAGUUUUGAUAAUGAUCCCCUAUUUGCUAGAGUUCAGUAGUAAGCCACAUCUGUCUAGGCCUAGUUGAAACCAUGCAGUUUUAAAUGGUUGAGUGAGGCCUCCUCUGUACUUUAUCACACUGUUGACUGUUUUCCUUGUGUACAUGUAUGUGUAUCGUUUUAGGUGCUAUUGUGUUGAACACUGUUUUUAUCUGCGCCAUCAAGUUUAGGUUUCCUCCCCCCAAGCUCCCUCUUGUUACAUUUGUACUGACAAUCAGGGACAGACAGCACCCACAUUAAUCAUCAAAUACUUUAUUUUUCCUCAUUGAACAUUCCCUCUAGAAUGUAUAGACAAUAUUCUGCUGUAAAUACAUUGUAUAUUUUUAUGUUCUGAGAAGUACUGUUAGAGACAAGGCUUGUGCAAGAGACACUUUUGUCAGCUGAAGACACAUUGGUUUUCCAGCAUUUAUUAGAUUCAACAAUGAAACCUUUUCACUUGCUGAAAAGAUGUGGGUGUCCGAGCUGUUUGU